UCCAUGGCCUAUUAUAUGCCUUUCCAAAGAAACAGAUAUGAUUGUGAGUACUGUAGAUCUUUUUACACCCUUCUCACUGCCUCUUUACUGAUUCUAACAAAACAUUAUGAUAUAUAGGACAAAGGAUAUCUUUAUAACAAGUUAACAAAGACGAUACAAGGUUUUUUUGAUUAAAUGCUAUAUUAAGCUAAGUAAUAAUAAAUAACUCAAGUGCAUUAGAGGGGUUUAAUUCAUGCUCUGUGAUAGUAUAAAUGGUAAAGACGUCUGCCCUUCUCAGGAUAAUUCUAUUUAUUUAUUUGUUGUCCCUGGAGAUGUGUCUUAUCCUGAGGCUGAUGCAUUCAAAACAGUCAUGUACUGGUUGUGUAAAUGGAUCCCGCACCUUUGUGUCUGUACUUUCUCAUCCAAACAGACGAUUGGCUGGCUUUAUCUUCUGUCCUCAGGUAAAAGUCAUAUCAGACUGGAUUUCUACUGUAGACAAAGAAUACCAUCCCAAAUCACAACAACACAAUGGACAGCAGGAUAUGUGUAACUUUCAUAUACUAUCUUCUGAGAACUUCCAGAUUAUUUUCUUUACAGGCAUCUGCUACAACUAUUAGCCUGACAGAAGCUAGUGAGAUACCAGAGGAGGAAGAUGUCUACAGCAUAAUCACUAAACAAAACAAAGGUAGUAAGAAGUUGAUUGACCAGGGGGAUAUAGCGGUACUGCUCCGCCGCAGUGCUAUGGGCUGCCAGGACGGAAGCUGCUUUUGGCCCAAAUCCAAAACAGGCAUGGUUUUGGUACCAUACAUACUGUCAACUGACUACACUGCAGCAGAAACCGAGGUCAUCUUUUCUGCAAUGCUGGAAUACACCACAUUGACAUGCAUUCAUUUUGUUCAAAGGCAAGCAGAGAUAGACUAUAUCCACAUUCGAUCUAUUGAUGGAUGCUGGUCAUAUCUGGGCAAGGUUGGUGGCCCUCAAGAUGUGUCCUUGCUGAAGACUGGCUGUGUAUCCAAUGGUAUUGUGCAGCAUGAGUUGAAUCAUGUGCUUGGCUUUGUCCAUGAGCACACAAGAAGUGAUCGUGACAGCUAUGUGGACAUUGAUUGGGCACAUAUCUCCAAAGCCUUUGUGAGCAACUUUGAGAAGGCAGAACCUGAAACAAACAAUAUGGCCCUGAAGUAUGAUUAUACGUCUGUGAUGCACUAUGGACGAUUUGCGUUCACCAACACCCCUGGGCAGGCUACCAUCAUACCUAAACCUGACACCACUGUCAUAAUUGGUCAAAGGUACGGACUAAGCAACUUGGACCUCAUGAAGAUAAAGCAGCUCUAUCAGUGUGAUACAUGCAGCACUCUGCUAACUGAAUCUUCUGGAUCUUUAAGUUCUGGGUACAAUGAUGUGGCUUCAGCAAAUAAAUCUGUCUGUGUGUGGCUGAUUCGGACUUCUGCAGAGAAGGUGUUCCUGAAUUUCCAUACAUUUGCUGCUCCCACCACAUGCCACUCUGAGUAUAUUGCGGUUUAUGAUGGAGCCACCAGGAUGUCUCCUCUGCUACUAUAUAGAGCCUGUGGAACAGGAGCCCUUCCUCCACUAGUGUCAUCUGCAAAUCGUAUGCUGUUAGAAUUUGUGAGUGAGGGAGCAUCCAGCUUCUCUGCUUCAUACUACUCAGGUAAAUGUGGUGGUACAUUGACAGCAAUGAAUGGAACCCUGACGUCCCCAGGAUAUCCCAGGGGGUACCAGCCCUCUACAGACUGCACAUGGAGUAUUGUAGCUCCCAAUGACUACUGGUUGUCCCUGAAGAUCACCUAUUUUUCACUGGAGUCAUCUCGUAACUGCAUUUAUGAUUACCUGUCCCUCCUUGAUGGUUCUCGGACAGGCUCCAGCCCAGAUAAGUAUUGCGGCAUCAGAACUCUACCAACGUUUAUUACUUCUGGAAGCUGGCUCGUGCUGCAGUUUCACUCUGAUAGAUCGGUACAGAACAUAGGCUUCCAAGCAAAGUACAGUUGGGUGACAAAGCAAGUGUGACUAGGACAACAACAUGACAUAAAUGAUGAUGUUAUGACACAGUGCAGCAAGAACAAACCUGUGUGGACCAUCUGACUUCAUCAAUGUGCAGACUCACCUUAAGCAAUUCAUCUGUAUCUGGAACUUUAAAGAGAAUACAUAAAUAUAAAAUAAGAACUGGACCAUGACUUAGAGAUUUUAGCAUUAUAAGAUUGUUAGAUUUUUUUUUUUUAUUAUGUGUAGUUAAAAAUUAUUGCAAUGUAUUUUCAUUAUU